UUUUGAUUCAGAGAAUAAUCAAAAAUCAACGGUAAUCAGAAUCUCACAGCACAGUGCCCGAGAGAUUAUCUUCACACAUUCAGUCGUUGUAAGAGAUGGGUAUAUACCUUAGUACCCCAAAGACUGAAAAGUUAUCUGAAGAUGGGGAGAGUAAAAGACUUAGGUAUGGUCUAUCAUCCAUGCAAGGAUGGCGUGCAACAAUGGAAGAUGCUCAUGCAGCAAUUACUGACCUUGACGCUAAUACAUCAUUUUUUGGCGUAUAUGAUGGUCAUGGAGGUAAAGUUGUUGCUAAGUUCUGUGCCAAGUAUCUCCAUCAACAAGUGUGUAAGCAUGAAGCAUAUGCAGCUGGUGACAUAGGAACUUCAGUCCAGAAAGCUUUCUUCAGAAUGGAUGAAAUGAUGCGUGGUCAAAGGGGUUGGAGGGAGUUAGCUGUUCUCGGAGAUAAAAUAAACAAAUUCACUGGUAUGAUAGAAGGUUUAAUAUGGUCUCCAAAAAGUAGUGAUGGACAUGACCAGGUUGAUGAUUGGGCUUUCGAAGAGGGACCGCAUUCUGAUUUUGCUGGUCCAACUUCUGGAAGCACUGCAUGUGUUGCAAUUAUUAGGGAUAAUCAACUUCUUGUUGCAAAUGCUGGUGAUUCUCGCUGUGUUAUAUCUCGUAAGGGUCAGGCCUACAAUCUUUCUAGGGACCAUAAACCUGAUCUUGAGAUUGAGAGGGAGCGAAUUCUAAAAGCAGGAGGUUUUAUUCAUGCAGGGCGUGUUAAUGGUAGUCUGAAUCUUGCAAGAGCCAUAGGCGAUAUGGAGUUCAAGCAGAACAAAUUUUUGCCUGCUGAAAAGCAAAUUGUAACUGCUAAUCCAGAUAUAAAUACUGUGGAGCUCUGCGAAGAUGAUGAUUUUGUUGUGCUAGCAUGUGAUGGUGUUUGGGAUUGCAUGUAACAGCAACUUGUAGAUUACAUACAUGAACAGCUGAGUUCAGAGACAAAGCUUUCCGUGGUAUGUGAAAGGGUACUUGAUAGGUGUCUUGCGCCAUCUACAGCUGGAGGUGAAGGAUGUGAUAACAUGACAAUGAUAUUAGUGCAAUUCAAGAAAUCAGUCGAAUCAGAUGAACCAGCAGCUGAAAAGGCUCCUGAGGAAGUUAGCACUGAAUCACAACCUUCAUCUGAAAAUUCCUUGGCUCCUGAGGAAGUUGGCACUGAAUCACAACCAGCGCAGAGUGGAUCGAGUUAAUGGCUGCAAUUCUGUUUUCGUUGGUUUGAAACCUCUGAUCAUUCUUCAGAAACUUUAGUCUGUAACUUGUAAAUGAUUUUUGCCAGUGCUGAAAAGGGACAUGCAGAAUAUGCUUUCUGUGCUCUUCUUUGUGCAUUACCCAAUUGAAACUUGAUCGUUGAGAAGAAGAAAAUGUAUAGAGGAUUGACACAAGUUUGAACACGAGUGAUACAGUUCUGAUAUGAUCUGUUUCUUUGCCUGGAAUAUAAGAGCUAUCUGUCCUUUCCUGGCUUUACAAAAUGGAAUUCUCGAUGAAGACCGGAUUAAAGUUGGCAAGUCAACCUUGGAGAUAUGAGAUUUUGAUAUUAUGAGUUUAUGGUGCUAGUAUCUAUUGUUGGAAGAUACUACUUGGACACAGCUUGAUAGAUACUAUGAAAGUAAAAUGAGUACCAUGCUGCACA